AUACAUUGUCACCUUAGAACCUCGAAGAAUGCAGUUGAUUAUUCAACAAGCUUCGGGAUCUCGCGGGGUUUCCAUGAGCUUAUAAAUCCGCGAUGUGGGGAGCCCGUGAGCUGUACUUAAACCCCUCAUGAGCUUCUUUUGAUUCAACCUCACCAAUUUGAAUCACAUUGAUCAGUCACUAUGAGUCAACCAAACAUUACCCUUUACACGGCCCAGACCCCCAAUGGGAUCAAGAUCUCCAUGGCACUGGAGGAGCUUGGGUAUAGUAGCUUCAUCUCAGCCGCCUUGAAACUAGUACUGACUUGCCACAGUUUGCCAUACAAGGUCGAGAAAAUUGAUAUGUCCAAGAACACUCAAAAGGAAGACUGGUUCCUCAAGAUCAACCCCAACGGCCGCAUUCCAGCCUUGACAGACACCUUCAGCGACGGCCAGCAGAUCAAUAUUUUCGAGUCUGGCAGUAUCCUACAAUAUCUGGCAGAACGAUAUGAUCCAGACCAUAAGAUCUCCUACCCCAAGGGCUCACGGGAAUACUACGAGGUGAACAACUGGCUGUUCUUCCAAAACGCAGGUCUGGGCCCAAUGCAAGGCCAGGCCAACCACUUCUCGCGAUAUGCCCCCGAGCACAUUGAGUACGGUGUAAACCGAUACGUCAAUGAAUCACGCCGGCUGUAUGGUGUGCUGGAUAAGCACCUUGCUCAGUCCAAGUCUGGGUACAUUGUCGGUGAUCACAUCUCCAUUGCUGAUAUCACACACUGGGGAUGGGUGGCUGCUGCGGGAUGGGCUGGCAUUGAUAUUGAGGAGUUCCCGCAUGUGAAAGCGUGGGAGGAGCGGAUUGUGCAGCGACCGGCCAUAGAGAAGGGUCGUCAUGUUCCUUCCCCUCACACAAUUAAGGAUUUGAUCAAGGAUAAAGCUACCAUGGACAAGCACGCUGCUGAUACUAGGGCUUGGGUUCAGCAGGGAAUGAAGGACGAUGCUAAGAGCAAAGUCUAGAGCACUUCAUAUUAGCAUAAUCAACUGAGAACAUUGAAAUAUCCGAAUCUACCCCGGGUACGAUCACUUCGGAAACAUUGCAGCGAGAA